UGCCCUUUUCUCUUCCUUAUCCCGUUUAUAUGAUCGGAGAGGAACUGCGCUUCAGGUUGGAAGCGGUGCGAUCAUGGCCGAGCGAGUCCAGCAGCCCCCAGCCAAGCGGCUCUGCUGCCGGCCCGGCUACAACCCGGCAUGCAGGCAGGGGCAGCGGGCUGGAGGAGUCCCGUGCGGCGGCGCGGGGUCCGCUCCGGGAGGGUCCGGGAACGGGAAAACGCACAACCCCGAGUCGCUGCUCGACAUCGCGGCGCGCAGAGUCGCGGAAAAGUGGCCGUUCCAGCGGGUGGAGGAGCGGUUCGAGAGGAUCCCGGAGCCCGUCCAGCGGAGGAUCGUUUACUGGUCAUUCCCGAGAAGCGAGAAGGAGAUCUGUAUGUACUCUUCUUUCAACGCCGGGGGAGAGGAAAGUGGAUCUAGCGGGGACAAUAAUGACGAGACCCAGCUGCCUUUUCUGCGGGGUGUCACUCUGCUGGAGGGCGGCUGGGUGGACAACGUUUUGCAAGUCGGUUUCCACCUGAGCGGCACGGUGACAGAUCCCGCCACGCCUUCGUCCCCGGAGCUCGUCUGCAGCGUCAGCGUCAGCUUCGACCGCUGCAAAAUCACCGCCGUGACGUGCACUUGUGGCAACAAGGACAUCUUCUACUGUGCCCACGUCGUGGCGCUGUCACUUUACAGGGUGCGCAAGCCUGAGCAGGUCAAGCUGCACCUGCCCAUCUCGGAAACGCUGUUCCAGAUGAGCAGAGACCAGCUGCAGAAGUUCGUCCAGUACCUGAUAUCGGUCCACCACACCGAGGUGUUGCCCACGGCGCAGAAACUGGCCGACGAGAUCCUGUCGCAGAACUCUGAGAUCAACCAGGUUCAUGGGGCCCCGGACCCUACAGCUGGAGCCAGCGUAGAUGACGAGAACUGCUGGCACCUGGAUGAGGAGCAGGUUCAGGAACAAGUCAAGCUCUUCCUGUCCCAGGGAGGCUACCACGGCUCAGGAAAGCAGCUCAACCUGCUUUUUAGCAAGGUGAGGGAGAUGCUGAAGAUGCGCGACUCCAACGGAGCGAGGAUGUUAACACUGAUCACAGAGCAGUUCAUGGCCGAUCCUCGGCUGGCGCUAUGGAGACAGCAGGGCACCACCAUGACCGACAAGUACAGACAGCUCUGGGACGAGCUCGGCGCCCUGUGGAUGUGCAUCGUGCUGAACCCCCACUGCAAGCCUGAGCAGAAGUCGUCGUGGCUGCGGCAGCUGCGCCGGUGGAACAGCGUGGACGUCUGUCCCUGGGAGGACGGCAACCACGUCAACGAGCUGCCCAACCUCACCCACUCACUGCCCCAAGGCGCUCACGGUAACCAAGAGAUGCGUCCCCACCGGACUGUGUUCACGCGAGCCAUCGAGGCCUGUGACCUGCACUGGCAGGACCGACACCUCCAACACAUCAUCGCCAGUGACCUCUAUGCCAACUACUGUUACCAUGACAACCAGGAGGGCUCUCUCUUCGACUCACGCGGCUGGCCUCUGUGGCAUGAGCACGUCCCUACGGCCUGCGCUCGGGUGGACGCCCUGCGCUCACACGGUUACCCCAGAGAAGCCCUCCGCCUGGCCAUCGCCGUGGUGAACACGUUACGGAGGCAGCAGCAGAGGCAGCUGGAGCACUUUCGACGACACAAAAAAGAGUUGCUCCAUAAAGGCCACACCUCCAUAACGAACAUGGAGGGCUGGGUGGGACACCCUCUGGAUCCCAUCGGCACCCUGUUCAGCACCCUGACGGAGUCGGGACGAGCGGGUGAGGAAGGCUCCAACACCUGCUUAGACCUCUCAGAUUGCUCCAGCGUCGUGAGCCGAGCCGAUCUUCAGCGGAUGCCCGUGCAGCGGCUGCUGGGAGAUGGCGAGUCGUACAUGGCUCUGGCGGUGGAGACGGCUCUGAUCGGCCUGGGCCAGCAGCGGGUGAUGCCCGACGGGCUGUACGCUCAGGAAAAGGUGUGUCGCAACGAGGAGCAGCUGUUGGCCAAGCUGCAGGAAGUGGAACUGGAUGAGUCCCUGGUCAAAAUCUUCCGUAAACAGGCUGUGUUUCUGCUCGAGGCUGGUCCGAACUCUGGCCUCGGAGAGAUCGUCCAUCGAGAGAGCGUCCCCAUGCACACCUUCGCUCGCUAUCUCUUCACCUCUCUGCUACCUCAUGACGCUGAACUGGCGUACAAAAUUGCACUGAGAGCCAUGCGGUUGCCGGUGUUGGAGUCCACGGCAUCGUCCGGUGACCUCUCGCGACCUCACCACAUUGUGUCUGUAGUUCCCAACCGCUACCCGCGCUGGUUCACCCUGAGCCAUAUAGAGUCUCAGCAGUGUGAGCUGGCCUCCACCAUGCUCACAGCAGCUAAAGGUGACAGUCGCAGGUUGGAGACGGUCCUGGAGUCCAUCCAGAAAAACAUCCACUCCUCGUCUCACAUCUUCAAACUGGCACAGGAUGCUUUCAAGAUCGCCACUCUCAUGGACAGCCUGCCGGACAUCACUCUUCUUAAGGUUUCUCUGGAGCUCGGACUGCAGGUCAUGAGAAUAACUUUGUCCACAUUGAACUGGAGGAGGAGGGAGAUGGUUCGCUGGUUGGUCACGUGUGCCACUGAAGUUGGUGUCUAUGCACUGGACAGCAUCAUGCAGAGCUGGUUCACACUCUUCACCCCCACAGAAGCCACCAGUAUUGUGGCGACCACUGUCAUGUCCAAUAGCACCAUAGUUCGCCUGCACCUGGACUGCCACCAGCAAGAGAACCUGGCCUCGUCCGCCCGUACGCUCGCCCUGCAGUGUGCCAUGAAGGACCCCCAGAACUGCGCCCUCUCCGCUCUCACACUCUGUGAAAAAGACCACAUUGCCUUCGAGACAGCCUACCAGAUUGUACUGGACGCUGCAGAAACGGGAAUGAGCUACACGCAGCUGUUCACCAUUGCGCGCUACAUGGAGCACCGCGGCUAUCCGAUGCGAGCGUACAAGCUGGCGACGUUAGCCAUGGCUCACUUGAACCUCAGCUACAACCAGGACACGCAUCCGGCCAUUAACGACGUACUUUGGGCCUGCGCGCUCAGCCACUCGCUGGGCAAGAACGAGCUGGCCGCCGUCAUCCCGCUGGUGGUCAAAAGUGUGAAGUGCGCCACCGUUUUGUCUGACAUUUUGCGGCGGUGCACGCUGACCACCCCGGGCAUGGUGUCGGCGCUGCACAGCCGCAGGAACUCUGGGAAGCUGAUGUCGCUGGACAAGGCGCCGCUCAGGCAGCUGCUGGACGCAACCAUCGGGGCCUACAUUAACACUACGCACUCGAGGCUCACGCACAUCAGCCCGCGGCACUACAGCGAGUUCAUCGAGUUCCUGGGGAAGGCCCGGGAAACGUUCAUGAUGGCUCACGACGGACACAUCCAGUUCACCCAGUUCAUAGACAACCUGAAACAGAUUUACAAGGGCAAAAAGAAACUGAUGAUGCUAGUUCGGGAGCGGUUUGGCUGAGGGCGAGGCUCCUCUUCCACUCUAGUACUUUUCUAUUAACUUGAGUCUGCCUUUUGAACUUCUUUUGGACUAAUAGACAGGUAAGAGGGAUGUGACUUGUAGAAUGAAGCAAAAAGAGAAAGGAAAAGAUGACAAAAAAUCAAGAGCCACAUGCGGUAUUAUUGUUCUUGCUGUUGUUAUUGUUAUAAACAUUAUUGCUAUUAUUAUUAUUAUUACUACUAUGUGUACAGAAGCGUUUUUUAUUUUUAAGGAGAGAGGAAAUUUGUCACAUUGUGAAUGUUGUGUGUACUUCUCUACAUGUGUGCGAGAUGAAAAUGAAACGUGAAAUGGCUUUUUGCUUUCUAUAUUUUUAUGAUUUUCAAGCAUCUUUUUGCUGCCCUGCCCCCAUUCUCAGUGUAUAUUGAGUUUUAUGUUAAUGAGUGGCUGAAGCCUUUGUACAAUAGCGCUCAUGUUUAAAAAACAAACAAAAAAAACAAAAAAUCAAGAAAGAAAAAAAAAAAAACAGACCAAUUUCAACGUCUCGGUAUCCUCAAAGAGAAACUAAGGCUUUAAAAUGACACAGAGCACCUCCCUUGGUCUAGGCCCCUGCUGAUGGGCACUGGGCGGCAUUGCACAGCUUCGCUCAGCUCGGCACAGCUUGGGUUAGCACUGACUUAAAAAAGGCACCAUCAGCAUUUCCUACCACACAGCAGCAGCACUUGAGCAGCCAUUAGCUUUCUCUGGGUCACUUCCACACAACAAUGCUCUUAGCUAACUCUUGUCGUUAUAAUUACUGUUAUUAUUAUUGUCAUACAAUUUUACCCACGCGCCCUGUGAUGACACAUCAAAGAGUGAAGUAUUAUAUCUACAUUAAUGCAACGCGUUGCAGGCGGAGUUCUUUAUUGCUGAAUACGUGACUGAAUUGUGCUUUUCAAAAGAAUUUGUACCUCCCGAUCUUUCUCACAUUUGGGUAAUGUCGGAGACAAAGACAUCAAUGCUUGAUUUUAUGGCUUUUGGCCCAACACAAAAUUGGGUAUAUUUGUGAAGUGAAAGGAAAAUGAUAUGUGAUUUUCAAAUUUUUUCCGAAAACAAAUUUCUGAAAAGUGUGCCAGUCAUAUGCAUGUAUUCAGCCCCCUUGAGUCAAUACUUUGUAGAGUUGUUUUAGGGUGUGGAUCCAGAUUUACGCAUCUGGAUAUGUUUCUUCUUUGCAAAAUAUCUCCAACUCAGAUUGAAGGAAGCAUGUCUUGCAGCAAAUUAUCAAUUCGAUUUAUGUCUGGAUUUUAAUUUGGAUAUGAAUUGAACCAUCGGUGUUGCUGCAAACACUCUUGUUUCAUCAUAGCAGAGUGGUAGUCAGGAUAUUGUUCUCUGUUAGUUUUCUGCCAGUGAUAGAGUUUUAGAUUGCAAGCUGAAUGUUUGAUUUUGACCUCAUCUGACCACAUGUUUUUGUUGUUGCUCCAUGGUUUGUGGCAGAUUGCAGCUGGGACUUUGUUUGUAUGCCAUUCUUUCAACACUGGCUUCCUUCUUGGCACUCUUCCUUAGAAGCCUUACUUUUGGAGUGCACAACUAGGUCAAGGUCAGUUUUAUAUAAAGUAUUUAAAUAAGAAUGUUGUACCAAAGUUUCUCAAAAGUCAGACAUGUAACUACUGAAACUGUAUGCUGGACACAUCAGGGAAACUGUAAAACAUGUCGAAAAGCAGAGACUUGAAUUAGAACAAAAAUAUAAGGAAGAAUGGUAGUUGUCUUGUCUCCCACAUGAGCUGUGGAUCUCUAUAUCUCCUCCAGAGUUCCCGUGGGCUUCUUGACUGAUUCUCUGAGUAACACUCUCCUUGUCUGGCCUGUCCGUUUACGUGGAUGGCGACAACUUGGCAGGGCUGCAGCUGCACCACUUAUUUUUUCUUCCUCUUUUCAAAUGUUUGAAGCUUUGGAAUCUUGAUUUUCCAGAACUUUAUUGCUGACGUGUCUGAUGUGUUCUUAGGUCUUCACUAAACUAUUUAUUCACCAAUGUUCUCUAGCACUGAGUAAAGAGGGGGCUGAAUACAUAUGCAGGCCACACUUUUGAGACUCAGAAUCAAAGGGUAUGAAUCCUUUUGUAAGCAGUUGCGGUUAUUUUUGCGCAAGGAAUUUCUGGGGGGAGACGACUACCUCAUGAUGCGGUAUUGAACCUGCUCCCAGUUUUUGCUGUCAUAAUAUUUAUUUACUAUAAUAGCUGACAGUGUUAAUUAAAAAAAAUAAUAAUAAUAAUGUUGAAAUCCGGCGUUAAACGGAAACAAACAGUCAGAAUCCUCCUGAAGUCCCUUCUAAGCUCUGCUGCCCCUCCCUCUUCCUCGCAGCCCUCACUGUAGGUUGUUUUCAGCCGAGGCCAGUGCCGCUCCGCUCUGCGCAUGUGAAUCACAAACAUUUAGACUUUCUACUGUUAUAUUUCGUCACGUGGAACAUUCAGCAACCGGAACGUUCUCAGGGAUUUUCUCUACGCAGGAAAAAAAAAAAAAAAAAAAGGUGGAACAAAUCGAACGUCUCAUUUCGAGGAUGAAAAAGGAAAGAAAAAAAAAACACGACAUGAGCAAGCAUUUAUUGUACUCUGUAUAUAUGCCAUAGUAUAUGUCUGAAUAUGGAGGAUCUGAAAGUAUAUGUUAACUAAUUUAUACAGAGUAUUCUAUGUAAUGUGAAAUACUUGAAGCCGCUGUAGUUUGCUCUCUUUCUCUUUCUCUCUGGCUCUCCAUCGCUUUCUCUUUGUUGUCUUCUCUUUUUUUCUGUUUUCCUUUUUUUCGUUCAAAUUAACAUAUCAGAAAGACUAGCAUGACCUCCUUGAAGGUAUUUUUUUUAUUUUUGGACUUACAAAGCCACAAGUGUUCAUGUUUGAGACCCUGGAUUUAUAUCAGAAAUGUAAGAUUUCUCUCAGAGAGGAUGACAGUACUUCAGUCCUGCUGCUUCAGAUUACUGGUCAGCACAACCAAGAGAUCGUGAAGAUACUGACGCUUUUUUGCUGUUACACCAUGAACUGCUUUAGGAAAAACUAAAAUGGCAUAAUGUUUUUGUCCAUGCAUUUCAGAAUAUUUCUCAUCUCCAUCUCAUUUUGGAAAAAUAUAACAGUUGCCAGAGCAGUUUUGUCAAAAGAAAAAGUAUUAGGAUCCCUGUCUGUAGUCGUACACAGGUUCAGAGCUUCAGUAUCACAAAUCUAGCUUUUAGAAAACGGAGCCUCCUCAGUUCUCCCUUCAGCUGCAGCAGAAUUUCCAGUCUCCUCUGCAAAGUUCGCCGUAACUAGUCCCAUAACUAGUCUUUUUUUUCUUUUUUCUUAUUAACCGUACUUCUGACUUUUCUGUUUUUCAUUUUUGUCUUGUCUGUGUUGUGUUGAUUAAAGAUAAAAAGCAGCCUUUUCUCUUGCCUUGUCUUAACGCUUUAAAGUAACCAAACAGAAGAUCUAUCUAACAACCAAACGCGUUCGAAAGAGGUGAGAGACAACCAACCUUUUGGUCCCAGCUUUAGUGUCCUUAAUUAGUAAGUGAAUGGCUGUGUAACUCCAUGCUUUAACAAAGCAAUUCCUCACGCGUGUUUGAUGGGAAAAAAAGAAUAAAAUACGUCGUCCAGUGUCUCUUGUUCUCUUUGGAAACAGUUUCCUCUUGAGUCGUUUAGCUGUUUUAUUUUAUUUUUUUAUUUUCUACUUUUUUGGUUUGUGUAGGAACAUUCUGCGCUCUCAUUUUAUUUAUUACAAUGACCCAUGUAUACAUGCUUAUGAAAUUAAGAUUUGAUACACCGAUAUCAAUUUAUUUAUGUAACUAAAUCACUGUUUUAUAAUCUUGUUAAUGAGUCAAUAAUUGAUUUGUUUUUUGUUUUAAUAAAAGUUAGUUUUUUGAACUGUAAA